CAGUGUGUGAACAUCAGGUGGAUAACUUGAGUAACGAUUUUUAGGUUACUUCGAAUACUCCGCAUAUACUUCGAACUGCGUACGCAAGACACCACAAGACACUGAACAAAAUGUCCAGGAGGAAUCCGGGGGACGAUUAUAGAAAAGGGUCAAGUGUCUACAGAACCGAGGACAGGAGAGGAGAUGACAGGGACAGAGAUCGUUCGCCACUCAGAUCUGAGGAGCAUUGUGAAUCGAGUGAUCAGUCUGAUGGGAAGAAGAAGUUAGCAUUUGGCUUUGGGAAGAAGACUGGCAAUGAGCAAAAGAAAGGAAUUCAAAUCAAAUUAGGUUCUGUCUCUAAACCAACCACAAAAGUAACAACGGUAACAAAACCAACGGUAGCCUCAGUGUUUAAUGCGGAUGAUGAUGAUGAACCAGAGGAGAUGCCGGCUGAAGCAAGGAUGAGAAUGCGAAAUAUUGGUCGCGAAACACCAACAUCAGCUGGACCAAAUUCGUUUGGCAAGACAAAACAAGGAUUUUGCGAUUCAAAAAAGAUAUUUGAAAAAUCAUUGAAACAAGCGAUGGAGGAAGUAAACAAAUAAUUUUCCAUUGUGCCCUAUAUAUAAUUUGAGAAUUAUUGUACAUUAAUUUUACAUAAUUAUUAGAAAUAUCUUCUCAAUGAAGCAAAUGCAAGUAUUUUUAUGAAAUUGAAAUAUUUCAUUGAUAGAAUUCAGAAUCUAAGCACAUUUUUGCUUCAAAACUUAUAAGAAUAUUAGCUAAUAUCUCGAUUGUAUUGUCAUGCAGUCUUAUACACACAUAUUCAAUAAAUCUACUGUUCCAAUCUCUAUUCAAUAAAAAUCUGAAGUGUA